CUCCGGCACGAGCCUCUCUGCGCUGCCUGGCAGCAGUCUGCGUGUUUCCCUCGACAAACGACAGCUGUGGAUUUCAACACGGGCCAAACGCAGCCGGCACCGAACGGCCUUUCCGAACCCAACGCGUCGGAGCCCAGCGGGUUGUUUAAAUGGCGAAAACGUACGACUAUCUGUUUAAACUGCUGCUCAUCGGAGACAGCGGCGUCGGAAAGACAUGUCUGCUGUUCAGGUUCAGCGAGGAUUCCUUUAAUACCACCUUCAUCUCCACAAUAGGCAUAGACUUCAAGAUCAGAACAAUAGAGCUGGAAGGAAAGAGAGUCAAACUCCAGAUUUGGGACACUGCAGGACAGGAGAGGUUUCGCACCAUAACUACAGCUUACUACAGAGGAGCAAUGGGUAUCAUGUUGGUCUAUGACAUCUGCAACGAGAAGUCCUUCGACAACAUCAAAAACUGGAUUAGGAAUAUUGAAGAGCAUGCCUCAUCUGACAUAGAGAAGAUGAUCCUGGGUAACAAAUGUGACAUGACUGACAGGAGACAGGUGUCUAAAGACAGAGGUGAAAAGCUGGCUAUUGAUUACGGAGUGAAGUUCUUGGAGACCAGUGCCAAGUCUGGCCUAAAUGUAGAAGAGGCUUUUUAUACGGUGGCCAAAGACAUCUUACACAACCUGCGCUCCAAGACCGCCGACAGCAACGGCGAUGGAUCGGGAAAACCUGUCAAGAUCACCGAUAAAAAAUCAAAGAGGAUCAAGUUCUUCAAGUGUUCGCUCGUGUAAGUUGCCGGCUUACGAUUUCCACGUUUCUGCUGUGACCCUGUUCCGCCUCUUGGCCUUCCUGACUGCAGCGGCGACGACUCUGCUCAUCAUCAGGAGGUCUUAUCGCCACCUGAGGUCACCGGAUUGUGGGCGGUUGACUUGCCGCCCUAAUUACCUGAACAAAAAAUGGGGAAAGAUGCAAAAGACCUGCCGCGGUGGUUUGUAGCUGACCUUGCAGUGCCUGCUCACAGUGGGCUGACAUGAAACCAUAUCAGUGGCACACUGUUGUCUUACUCUUUCGUAUCGUAGCAUCAUUUUAUACGUUCUACCU